GAGGGACAGGAGAACGUGGAAAUCCUCCCCUCGGGAGAGCGGCAGCAGGCGAACCAGAAGCGGAUCACUACCCCCUAUAUGACCAAAUACGAGCGAGCCAGAGUCCUGGGCACGCGUGCUCUCCAGAUAGCGAUGUGUGCCCCUGUGAUGGUGGAGUUGGAAGGAGAAACAGACCCCUUGCUGAUUGCCAUGAAAGAAUUGAAAGCACGCAAGAUCCCCAUAAUCAUCCGUCGUUACCUACCAGAUGGGAGCUAUGAAGACUGGGGUGUGGAUGAGUUAAUUAUCACAGACUGAUCAGCCUCCAGCCAUUGUUUUGGUUCUUUCCUUCUCCAGAGAUGUUUCUAUUUUUGUCUAUAUUUGUGUAAAUAAAUUAUAAACCUCCCCAUUUUAAGUUAAAAUGUGUUUGGGUUUUUUU